AUGGCGUUUUGGUUACAGAUGGGUUUCCUGCUUGGAGCCGUAACAUCACCAGUGGUGAGAGGGAGAGUGGAAAUAGAGCUGUCUCCUGAAUGCAGAGAGUUUCUCUACAUGGGGACACCACCAACAGGUCUGGAGCACCACUCCGUCACGUACAUUUGUCAGUUUUACAACAAGAAGCCGCGGUAUGUGACUCUGUACAGCACGGAGGAUCACAUACCCAUCUACUCUGCUUAUACCUUCAAGCGCACUGAUGGGGAGAUAUGUGUGGAUGUUACCUGGAUGUAUGAGCCACAGCUAUCCACGUCCUCUGACACAGGCGAGAUGCAGCCCUUUCCUAGUGGCUACAUGCACAAGAAUUUCGAAGACGUCCAAGCAAUUCUGGACGACUACAUAAACGCCAUAAACUAUGAACGCGGUACCCUCAACCCAGACGAGCAUCAGAACGAACUGGAUGACAAGGCCUCCACCUACACCCUCACCAACGUUGUUCCGAUGUCGCCCAACGUCAACAACAGAGUCUGGAACGAUCAGGAGCACGUCAUCCGCAAACGUCUCAACAACUACUGCCUAGGAAAGGCUUACGUUGUGACAGGUGUCACAACCUCGGGGAUGAUGAUCCACAGAGAAAACAUGAACCGCAUCGCAGUUCCCACCUACUUGUGGUCAGCCUAUUGCUGCGUUAUCUUCGACCGCAACGCCCCCUUUACCGAACGGUACAAGUUUCCAUCAUUUGCUCAUUACAGCCUCAAUGAGGAGGAGAACAAGGAUGUGGUAGAGGUCCCUGUCACAAAGCUUAAGGAGUUCCUCAGGAGGACCACGUUUGUAAACCAGAACUUUCAGAUCUUUGUGGGAGACUGUAUGCCCCCACCAUCCAGUAAAACUGAAUAA